AUGAACGGCACAGAGGGACCAUAUUUUUAUGUCCCUAUGGUAAAUACUACCGGCAUUGUCCGGAGUCCUUAUGAUUACCCUCAGUAUUACCUUGUCAACCCAGCAGCUUAUGCUGCCCUGGGUGCCUAUAUGUUCCUGCUCAUCCUCGUUGGUUUUCCCGUCAACUUCCUCACUCUCUACGUUACCCUCGAACACAAGAAGCUGCGAACCCCUCUAAACUACAUCCUGCUGAAUCUUGCGGUGGCUAACCUCUUCAUGGUGUUUGGAGGAUUCACCACAACGAUGUACACCUCUAUGCAUGGCUACUUCGUUCUAGGUCGUCUUGGCUGCAACCUGGAAGGAUUCUUUGCAACCCUCGGAGGUGAAAUUGCCCUGUGGUCACUCGUUGUUCUGGCUGUUGAAAGGUGGAUGGUUGUCUGCAAGCCAAUCAGCAACUUCCGCUUUGGAGAAAACCAUGCCAUCAUGGGUUUGGGCUGCACCUGGCUUGCAGCCGCUGCUUGUGCUGUGCCCCCUCUUGUUGGCUGGUCUCGUUACAUCCCUGAGGGCAUGCAGUGCUCAUGUGGAGUGGACUACUACACACGUGCAGAAGGCUUCAACAAUGAAUCCUUUGUUAUCUACAUGUUCGUCUGCCACUUCAUGAUUCCACUGAUUAUUGUAUUUUUUUGCUACGGCCGUCUGCUCUGCGCUGUCAAGGAGGCUGCCGCUGCCCAGCAGGAGUCAGAGUCCACCCAAAGGGCUGAGAGGGAAGUCACCCGCAUGGUUGUGAUCAUGGUUAUCGCUUUCCUGGUAUGCUGGUGCCCCUAUGCAGGUGUGGCCUGGUAUAUCUUCCUAAAUCAGGGCUCUGAGUUCGGACCUCUUUUAAUGACCAUCCCCGCCUUCUUUGCCAAGAGUUCUGCCAUCUACAACCCAUUGAUCUACAUCUGCAUGAACAAACAGUUCCGUCACUGCAUGAUCACCACCUUGUGCUGUGGGAAGAAUCCCUUCGAGGAGGAGGAGGGAGCGUCCAGUGUCAAGACUGAGGCCUCUUCUGCCAGCUCUGUCUCACCAGCAUAA